AUGUCGGAGGCUCAAGAUCAGGACCGUGGCCAUGCCACGCAAAAGGCGGAUGAGGUAGUCGCAAAAGACCUCAAGAAGACGUGGAAGGGCGUGUUCUGGGACACAUUUGACAAGAGUCCUGAAGAGCGAAAAUUCCUUGGGAAAUUAGAUGCAGCUCUCCUGAGUUUUGCCUCCCUUGGCUAUUUUAUCAAAUACCUCGAUCAGCAGAAUAUCAACUCGGCCUUCGUGUCGGGCAUGAAAGAGGACUUGGGACUUUAUGGAGAACAACUCAAUAUCAUGCAGACGUGCUGGACGGUUGGUUACGUUAUUGGCCAGCUGCCCAGCAACAUUCUUUUGACCAAACUUCGCCCCUCGCGGUGGAUCCCCGCCGCAGAGGUGCUUUGGACCGUCCUCACCUUCUGCUUGUCCAGGUGUUCUACAGCAAAACAGAUCUAUGUUCUGCGAUUCUUCAUUGGUCUCGCCGAGAGCACAUUCUAUCCGGGAAUGCAGUACAUCAUUGGCAGCUGGUAUCGAAAGGACGAGCUGGCCAAGAGGAGCUGCAUUUUCCAUACAAGUAGCGCCAUCGCAUCCAUGUUCUCCGGUUACCUCAUGGCUGCCGUCUAUCACCUCGGCGGCAAAGGCGGGUACAAAGGAUGGCAAUGGCUCUUCAUUGUCGACGGCAUUAUUUCACUGCCAAUUGCGCUGGCCGGCUUUUUCAUACUUCCGGACGUUCCAGAGAUCUCCAAGCCCUUCUAUCUCACAAAAGAAGAGGUCGCUUAUGCGAACAAGAGAAUGCAGCUUGAGGGUCGAAAGCCCCGAGAGCCAUACACGAAAGCCAAGGUCAUGAAGAUUCUGAAAUCAUGGCAUAUAUACGUGCUCACUCUUCUCUACAUUGCGUUCAACAACGGAAACAUGUUCGCUCAGCCUGCCUUUGCACAAUGGCUCAAAGCAAGCACAAACCCAAAGUACUCCAUAGGAGAGAUCAAUGCCUAUCCAACAACCACGUAUGCUGUAGCGGUAGUCUCAACGUUGAUCUACGCAUGGUCGUCGGAUUCGUUUUUGAAAGGAGCACGUUGGCCGCCCAUGAUAUUCGCAGGUGCCUGGAACAUUAUCGUUUACGUAUCACUUGCCGUAUGGGAUAUCCCGACCGGAUGGCACUGGGCCUGCUACAUCUUAGCAGGUCUCAACAGCGGCCUUUCCGGACUAUGCAUGUCGUGGGCUCAUGAGAUCUGCGCCAGCGACAACGAGGAACGUGCCAUCGUCAUCGGCAGUAUGAACCAAAUGGCCUACGUCAUCCAGGCUUGGCUACCCCUCAUAGUUUGGAAGCAAACCGAUGCGCCACAGUAUCGCAAAGGUUUCAUCACGGUUGCAGUGAUUGGCGGCCCACUACUGAUCGGCACCGCCCUCGCGACCUUGGUCCUGGACAACAGGGAGAAGGCGCAGAAGGCAAGGAGAGGGUACAGCUCGGGAUCAGAGGAUGGUGAACAGGGUGAGACUCCGUCACCCCAACUGUUUACUGUUGACGUCAAGGGGGCGGAGGAGACUAAAGCUUAG